AUGGGUGAUUGUCGUGGAGGUCACAACAAUUUGGAUGUAGACAUGAUUGCAACUGUUCUUGUGUCGUAUAUUGAAAAGACACCAAGGUAUCCUAUCAAAGAUUGUCAAAUGCCCGUUCUUAAUAAGUUUCGCAAAAUAAUUAGUCAACGAAAGGCAUUUCUUGGACAAAAGCAUGCAAUUGAACAAGUCUAUGGAAAUUGGGAGGCCUCAUUUCGUGAAUUACCAAGGUUUAUCACUGCUAUGAAAUAUUUCAAUCCAGGUUUUGUCGAUGAAUGGCGAUUUGAACGACAUGAGGGAGUUGAUGAACGUGUUUUCAACUAUGUAUUUUGGAUGUUUAAGCCAUGUGUUGAUGAUUUUCAUUAUUGUCGGCCGGUGAUAUCGAUAGAUGGAACACAUGUAUAUGGUAAGUAUGACAUAAAGUUGUUAAUCGCGGUAGGUACGGAUGGCAAUGGCUCCAUUUUUCUAUUGGCUUUUGCAAUAGCAGCCAAUGAAAACUUUGAUACAUGGACUAAGUUUUUGAGCGAUUUGCAUCGGCAUGUUGUAUGUGGUCGUCAAAGUAUUACGUUGAUAUGUGACAGAAAUCACGGCAUACUUGGAAGUGUUUAUGCAGAGCGUAACUGGCAAGGUCCUUUUGCCUAUCAUUAUUAUUGCCUACAACACUUGAAGGCCAAUUAUCAGAGAGCAUACAAAAGUGUCCGGGUGAACAACGUACUAUGGGUCGCUGCAACAGCAACGCAGGAGAAAGAGUUUUUGUUACAAAUGGAGUUAAUCAAGGGGACACACUUUCCAGCAUAUGAGUGGCCGAUGAAGCUCGACUUAGAAAAAUGGACUACGCACAAGGAUGAUGGAAGGAGAUGGGGCAUGCUCACAACAAGCAGCUCCGAGUCAUUUAAUGGACUGUUAAAUUCUGCUAAAGGCCUACCAGUAACUGUAAUGGUCAAAUUAUCUUACAGCAUAGUUGUGGAUCAUUUUGUUCAGAGAUCGAAGUCUGCAAAACAACUCUUGGUUGACAAACAAAAAUAG